GAUCUAGAUACACGCACGCACACACACGGGAUGGAUGAGUGAAGACUGGCACGGGACUGUUGAUACUCUGCCCCCUAGUGGUGUUAAAAUAGAGCUGCAGCGCUGAACUAAUGAAGUAGUAAUUACAUUAAAUACAAGAAUGUAGACCCUUUGCCCCAAAAUAAAACGGAACAAUUCAAUAUACACUUUUAAUUUAUCGCAUGAACGCAUGACUUUUUAUCCGUCUACAGCCCAUUGUAGUAUUCGGUCUCUUAUUGAGGCCUUUUCUGACUUCAGAACGUUGACCCAUGGGCCUAUGUCAUAAUGAAAAGUGGAACGGAGAGAGUUUGACCGCUCCGCAGCAACGGCUUCCCAGUACCCCAAACAUCAGCUCCUCGAAUUGACCACAAAAAGACACCAUUGACCGGGCCCAACUUUAUCUCAAUCCAUCAACUCGGAUGCACAGAUGACAGAAUUUGCCGAGCGCUCGCUGAAUUAACCAAUAGCAGGUACACACACUGUGAACAUGUUCAGCAGGGUUGUUCUGGGGAGAAGGGGCUACAGACUCGGGAAAACCAUCGGCGAAGGAACUUAUUCCAAAGUAAAAAUCGCCAGCUCCACCAAACACGGCCAUAACGUCGCCAUCAAAAUCGUGGAUCGAAGAUCGGCACCGCAAGACUUUACUGUCAAGUUUUUAUCGCGGGAACUGACUAUCCUGAGGACGGUCAGUCACGACCACAUCGUUCGUCUCCAUGAGCUGAUCGACAGCACUAGCGGGAGGCUGUACAUCGUGAUGGAGUUGGCUGCCACUGACCUCCUGGAGAGAAUCCAACAGGUUGGCAGGCUCCCGGAGGAACUGGCCAGGACGUACUUCACCCAGAUUGUUAGCGCCGUCUGCUACCUUCACCAAAACAACAUCGUCCACCGGGAUCUGAAGUGUGAGAACAUACUGCUCACAGUUGGCAACGAGGUGAAGAUCACAGACUUUGGAUUUGGGAGGUUUUUAGAAGGCCCCUCUGACCUGAGCAGCACUUUCUGCGGUACCCCGUUGUACGCGCCACCAGAAGUUCUCCUCGGGAAUCACUACGACCCGAAGAAGUCGGACAUCUGGAGCAUCGGGGUCAUUCUUUACGUCAUGCUCACGGCGUGCAUGCCCUACGACGACUCGAACGCGAUCAGACUCGUCCGGGCUCAACGGGCGCCGAUGGCGUAUCCUGAGAACGCGGCAUUGGCGGACUCAUGCAAGUCCUUCAUACUGCUCAUCCUGCAGUACCACGCCUCCGCCCGGCCCGACAUCCAACAGGUGGCUGAGUCCACCUGGCUGCAGCCGGCAGUGGAGGACAGCGAUGCUGCGGCGGCGGUCCCACAAUAAACUCUGCUUAUUGA